AUGGCCGACGACUCGGUGCCCGACCAAAUCGCUCGCUUCUGCGCGCCACCCGCCGCGCUUGUCGGCGGCUCGCGCUGCGUCGACACGGUCCUCACAGAUGCGACGGGCGCCGCCAUCUACGUGUCCUCGCUCGUCAUCGACGACGACGCGUCGACAGCGUAUGCGCUCGUGUCUUCGCAUCCGUACUUUUACCUCUUCCACACGAUCCUGCGCGCGGUGGCCGCCACCCCGAUGCUGCCCGAGAUGGCGCUUCGGGCGUUCUUGGCCGAGACUCCGUCGUCGGCAGCCGAGUUCCUCGACGCCAGCAUCGGUCCGAUCCCACAGCCAGCGUCCUUUCUAGCGUCCCAAGUCGAUUUUGGUGUGCUCUUCCAAGCGCUCAGCGUCAACCACAUCCUCUUGGUUGUGCUCUACGUCCUCUCGGAGCGCCACGUCAUCGUCUGUUCGAGCAACCCGAGCCUCUUGACCCCGAUCUGCGAGACGCUCCGCGCCCUCUUGAGCCCCUUUUCGUCCCAAGCCGUGUACAUUCCCGUGCUGCCACACUCGCUGCUGGAUUUUUUACACGCGCCCGUGCCGUACCUCAUGGGCGUCGUCACAUCCGAGUCGACAGACGCGACGCUGCGCGGUCUCGACGUGGUUGUCGUCAAUGUCGAUGUCGAUGCGAUUGCUGUGCCCCGGGGUCGCCACGCCUCCCUACCGACUGUGCCCCGGAAGCACCUCCAGCACAUGGCGUCCAGCGUCCAUACGAUCGCAAAUCACCACGGGCUACCGCUGCGUAAAGCCACGAGCCCAGAUGAUUGGCGCGAGGCCCUACUCCGGUACGGCCAAGCCGACGUGCCCCGGUCCAUCGAGAGAUCGGACGCCGCCUGGUCGGAGCUUCGAGCCGCGUUUACCGCCUUUCAUUUGUCGCUCAUCCAAGGGUACGAAGCCUAUUGUCAGCCCGCGACGGCGAAGGACGACCGCGCGCGCUUUGACGCAGCGGGGUACCUCGAGGCCUUCCCGGACAAGCGCGGGUUUGCUGCACACUUCUUUUGUACGCAGGCCUUUGCGGCGUUUCUCUCAUGCACCGCGGGGAGUGAGCCAUAAGAUGAUGUUUGACUGUAUUACAC